GCAGGUGGCAAGUAUGACGUAGAACUUACUGCCAAAAACCACAGAAGAAGAUUACUGCUAGGGUAGCUACCAAGCUAGCAGACUGCUCGUUUAGCUCGACCUGAGCAUCAAAAUGCUUCUACAGACAGCAAGACCGUGGUUGUUCCGGUGCAGGACUCUACCUUUGGCUGCUACAAGGUCUUAUCAUGCUGAUACAGUGGCUCGAAUCGGCUCUCAGACGGAUAAACAGUCUUCUGAAUAUCAGGAGAAUUAUGACCGGAUGACGGCUCUGGUGGAUGAGCUAAAAAGUCGGACAGAGAAGAUUAGAUUUGGUGGAGGAGAGAAAGCAAGAAGACUUCAUACUUCACGUGGGAAACUCCUGCCCAGAGAGCGAAUAGACAGACUGCUGGAUCCAGGAACCCCUUUUCUGGAGUUCUCCCAGUUUGCCGCUUAUGAGUUGUAUGGCAAAGAGGAAGUUCCUGCAGGCGGUAUACUUACUGGGAUUGGUCGAGUUUCAGGGGUGGAAUGUGUGAUUGUUGCAAAUGAUGCUACCGUCAAAGGAGGGACGUACUACCCAGUCACAGUCAAGAAACACCUUCGUGCACAAGAAAUAGCCCAACAAAAUCACCUGCCAUGCAUUUAUUUGGUGGAUUCUGGAGGAGCCAAUCUCCCCAGACAGGCCGACGUCUUUCCAGACAGAGAUCACUUUGGACGCAUUUUCUUCAACCAGGCCAGGCUCUCGUCUGAGGGAAUAGCACAGAUUGCUGUGGUGAUGGGCUCCUGCACAGCUGGAGGAGCUUAUGUUCCUGCCAUGGCGGAUGAGAGCAUCAUUGUGCGGAAACAAGGGACCAUUUUCCUUGGAGGGCCUCCGCUGGUCAAAGCCGCCACAGGAGAAACAGUUUCUGCUGAGGACCUUGGUGGUGCAGAUCUUCACUGCAAAAAAUCCGGAGUGACAGAUCACUACGCUUUAGAUGAUAACCACGCUCUGCAUUUAGCAAGGAAGGCAGUGAGAAGCUUGAACUACAGGAAAAAUAUUGAGGUCACCACAGAACCGACUGAACCCCCGCUGUACCCUGCAGAUGAACUCUACGGCAUCGUCGGAGACAAUUUGAAACGCAACUUUGAUGUCAGAGAGGUCAUCGCCAGAAUUGUAGACGGCAGUAAAUUCGACGAGUUUAAGGCUUUCUAUGGAGACACACUCGUAACAGGAUUUUCCAGAAUAUUUGGUUACCCUGUUGGAAUCAUCGGCAACAACGGAGUCCUGUUUUCAGAGUCUGCUAAAAAGGGGACACAUUUCAUCGAAUUAUGCUGCCAGAGAAACAUACCACUUAUUUUUCUGCAGAAUAUAACAGGCUUCAUGGUGGGCAGAGAGUACGAAGCAGGAGGGAUCGCCAAGGACGGAGCCAAGAUGGUGACUGCGGUAGCCUGUGCCAACGUGCCCAAGAUGACGGUUAUCAUCGGCGGCUCCUACGGUGCAGGAAACUACGGCAUGUGCGGUAGAGCUUACAGCCCUCGGUUCCUGUACAUGUGGCCAAAUUCCCGUAUCUCUGUAAUGGGCGGUGAGCAGGCAGCCACUGUUCUGGCCACUAUCACCAAGGAUCAGAAGGCACGCGAGGGGAAGGAGUUCACAGUUGAGCAAGAGGCUGCCAUGAAGGAGCCAAUCGUGCGCCGGUUUGAAGCGGAAGGCAGUCCUUACUUCUCCAGUGCCAGACUGUGGGAUGACGGGAUUAUCGAUCCUGCUGACACGCGACUGGUUUUGGGACUGAGCCUGAGUGCAGCACUGAACGCACCAACGAAGAAGACACGGUUUGGAGUGUUCAGGAUGUAACUCUGAUCUAACCAACACGGGUGUAGGCUGACCUGUCUGUCAGAGUUUGACAUGUACUGUACUUUAAGUGGUUUUUGUAGUUUUACUAAACAGAUUGAGAGAAUAAAAAAAUAGAGAAGACAAACACUAUAGCAGAAUCACACCACCAUGGAUCCACAUGAUUGGAUGGUUUUGGACAUUUCUCCUUUUAAGCUGUGCCUUAACUCGUCCAGUGUAAAUGCAAACUGUACCGAAUUGUUAAAUGGAUUUUUUCAAAAAUCACACACUGUAAAUGAUGAAUUAUAAAAAUAUAAAAAUAA